AGCGCGCACAGCUGGCCUGUCGCUCUCGUGCCUGACAGAUGGAGCUGGUUUGAGUCGGAGGCAGUGCUGGAAGCAUUUGGGGGGAAAAAUCAGAAGGAAUUCAUGUUUUCGUCUGCAAUGAGAGCCGAUCAGUCUGAAAAUGGAGAAAACUCAACCAACUCGCAGAGUGAAAUGCUGAUCAGCCAGCUGAGGGAGAUCACUGGCAUCCAGGACCAACAGAUCCUCUACAGAGCCCUGAAUGUCAGUCAGGGGGACAUUGGACAUGCUGUUGGACUGCUGACAACCCAGACUGCAGAGGUUCAGGACCCUGGAGAACCACAGGAGUCAGGGACAUCUGGAGAGGCCUGGGAGGGCCAGAAAGGGCUUCCUAAAGAUGAACUGCAGACCGCCAUAGAACUCAGCCUGCAGGAGUCCCACAAAGCCCAGGAAGAGGAGCGAGAAUUUCAUAGGGCUCUGGAAGCCAGUGCAGAGGAGAAUGCUGCGAGAAUAAAGAGGAAGAGAUGUGAAGCCCAGAGUGAAAUGUGUAGCCCUGCAGAGUGGAUCCGUCAGGAAGAUUGGCCUGUGGGCAUUCGUAAUGUAGGAAACACCUGUUGGUUCAGUGCUGUCAUCCAGUCACUCUUCCACCUGCCUGUGUUCAGGAGACUGGUUCUCAACUACCAUCUGUCUGAGAAAAUACUGGAGAAAUGUAAAAGCCAUUCAGACAAGAGGAACAUAGCCUUCAUGCAGGAGCUGCGCUGCCUGUUUGCCCUCAUGGUGGGCUCUACCCGCAGGUUUGUGGAUCCUUCUGCUGCAGUGGAGUUAUUGCGUGACGCCUUCAGGACCAAUGAGGCCCAACAGGAUGUCAGUGAGUUUUCCCACAAACUGCUUGACUGGCUCGAGGAUGCAUUUCAGCUGGCUGCCAGUGGAAAAAAUGCAGAAGAUAAACAACAUAACCCCAUGGUCCAGCUCUUCUAUGGUACCUUUGUGACAGAAAGAAGACACGAGGGUAAGAUGGUAUAUAAUAUUGAGCAGUUUGGCCAGUACCCCCUGCAAGUCAAUGGCUUCAGCAAUCUUGAUGAAUGCUUAGAAGGUGCUAUGGUAGAGAAGGAGAUUGAGUCGGUUCAUUCAGAGCAUCAUGUCACAUCUGGACGUGAGAGAUGGUUCAAAAAGCUACCACCAGUCUUGACAUUUGAACUUUCGAGAUUUGAAUUCAACACCCAGCUUGGGCGCCCUGAGAAGAUACAUAAGAAACUGGAGUUUCCUCAAAUCAUUUAUAUGGACAGAUAUCUUCACAAAAACAUUGAGCAGACCCAUGAGAGGAGAGGAGAAGUAAAGAAACUAAAGGAGCAACUGGCAGUCCUUCAACAGAAACUUGAGUGUUAUAAAAACUAUGGCUCUGGACCUACAAAGUACCCUCUAGCUGACAUGCUCCAGUUUGUGCUGGAGUUUUCUACCACCAAGCCGACUAGCGUUUCCCCAGCUGAAGACUCGAGACAGGCCGCAUCGUCACCGACUCCUCCAAGUGCCCCCCUCAGUGAAGCCAUUGCCAAAGAAAGCAGUGAUCCCGGAGAAUCCGUUUCAUCAGAGAGCCUGGGUUCCAGUGUUUCCAGUUGCCAGAGGACCCCCAUAUACAAGCCCUUCACUCAGUGCAGACAACCUAUUGACUGCCCACCACACCCUGCCCCCCACAGCAUCACAGAAGAAGAGCUGCACUUUGCUAAAACCUGUCUUCAGCGUUGGAGGACUGAAGUUGAGAAUGACAUAAAUGAACUAAAGGCCAGCAUUGACAGGCUCACUCAGACGCUCGAGGGCAUGUACUCAGACAACAGUCUCUGCCAGGCCCCCUACAGACUCCAUGCAGUGCUUGUCCAUGAAGGCCAGGCAUCAGCUGGUCAUUACUGGGCUUACAUCUAUGACCAUGCUAACCAGCGCUGGCUGAAGUACAAUGACAUAAGUGUCACUGAGUCAUCGUGGGAUGAGCUGGAGCGAGACUCCUUUGGAGGCAUGACCAACGCAAGUGCCUACUGCCUAAUGUACAUUGACGACAGGCUACCUCAGCUCAUCACAGAAGACACAGAUGAUGAGACGGGCCAGGUGCUCCAUGGCAUGGACUCUCUGCCACCCAUCCUCAGGCGCUAUGUCCACGAAGAUAACCGCUGGUUCCAGCAGGAGCUCAGCGAAUGGGAGGAGCAGUUCUGCCAGACGGCAACCCCGCAGGAAGAGUCCACCGCCUCUGCAGAGCCCACAAGUCCCAGUCUGGAUAACAUACAGCAGUCACCUGUUGAGCCAGCACCCCAGUCAGGAUCCACUACUGAAGAGGUGGAUGAAGGAGUUGCUCCAGAGCCACAGCCAGACCAAGAAGCAGAGAAAGAGCCAGAACCUGAUCUCAGAAAAGAGCCAGAAGCGCAAACCGAUUUAUCUCCCCCACCACCAGAGGGCCCUGGCUGCCAGCCAGGUGAUACCAGCACUCCAACAGUCACUGACACCACGGGGGUCAGCCAGAGCUCUGAUUCAGAGGAGAAGGAGUCGCAGAAUCAGAUCCCUGGCCCUGAUGUAGAGCUUUGCGAUCAGACACCAUCUGACAUCCACGUAGAGAAGGAUGACCCGGAGGUGGCCGGCCUCGUCUCUGAAACUGAAGAAGAGCCCCAGGCUUCUGGAGAGGCUCCUGAACCUAUCGCAGAGCAAAGCAAUGAGGAGCAGCAGCAGCAGCAGGAGGUUCCAGCCAGACCACGACAGACUGAGAAUGAGGUCUCAGAAGUGGAGAUCCCCAAUGUGGGCCGGAUCAUGGUGAGGGCGGAUGCUGACGGAUACAAUGAAGAGAUGAUGCUAACUCCAGCUAUGCAGGGUGUCAUUCUAGCCAUAGCCAAGGCCAGACAAAUUUUUGAUAAGGAGGGUCCUGAGGCUGGCCUCAUCAAGGCUUUCCAUGAAGAGUAUUCGCGCUUGUAUGAGCUCUCUGAAGAGGAGACCACACCACAGGAGGAUGCACGUCUGCAGCACGCUCUGGUCUACUUCUUCCAGAACAAGGCACCCAAGCGUGUCAUUGAGAGGACGCUGCUUGAGCAGUUUACUGACCGCAACCUCAGUUUUGAUGAGAGAGGCAUCAGUAUCAUGAGGGAAGCCCGGGCCAAACUUCGUCUCAUUAAGCCAGAAGACAUGGACAUGGAAGAAUACAUGCAGUGGCAUGACGAUUACAGGCUGUUCAGGACGGUCUUUGUCUAUCUGUUGACUGGGCUGGAGCAUUACCAGCACGGGAAGAUGCGUGAGGCACUGAAUUACUUGGCCCACGCCUACGAGACCAACAGCACCCUGCUGCGAAACGGAGAGAAACGUGGUGUGGACAAGUCUCUCAUUGCUGUUUACAGGAGGAAGUGUCUCACUGCACUAAAUGAGAGCGCAUCGCAGCUAUUUUGCAGCGGUGAGGAGGCCAAAGUAGAAGAGGGUAUUGCCAUCAUGGAUGAGGCCGUCAUCCCCUGCCUUCACCUGAUGAACCGGGACUCGACUUUACCCCAGGAAGACCGAGAUGCAAUGGAGGCCAUCCGCAGCCACUGGUGCUGCUGCCUGGGCCGAGACAUGGAUCAGUCAUUGCAGGUGAAGCUCGGCGAGUUGCUUCCCAGAGUUCUGGACGGUUCAGCUGACACAGUAGUGCUUAAAGACCCACCCAAAGUCCACGUCACCCAGGCCUACGACCUGUGCAGUCGCCUGGCUGCUGUUAUGGAAUCCAUCCACAACACAUCAGUGGUCAUUGUGAAGUGAAAUCCCAACAACUCUUUUUAAACUGUGUAUCUUAA